UACCUUCUCCCUCGGAAAUCAGACGGGGCUACAUAAAAAACAGAGGCUGAAAAAUCGCGUGGAAAGAGCGACGACCUCUCUCUGUCCUGUCUCUAUUUGUGUAUGUCUCUCUCUCUGUGAAAAUUUUAGAGAGAGGGAAAUUCUUCAAUCGAUAGAGAGAGAACCAGAAUAAUCAUUUGUCAAUAGAGAGAGAAAGAUACACAUAUACAUAUAUAUAUACACACAGAUAGAGAGGAGAGAGAGGGAGGGAGAGAGAGAGAGAGAGAGAGAGAAAUGGAUCAGAUAUUGAACAAGGUUGGAUCUUACUGGGUAGGUCAGAAAGCCAACAAGGAGCUCAACUCCGUCGGCGAAGAUAUCAAUUCAUUGUCAACCAGCAUUGAAGGAGGAACCAAAUGGUUGGUUAACAAAAUUAAAGGGAAAAUGCAAAAGCCACUACCGGAACUGCUAAAGGAGUAUAACAUAGCAGUAGGCAUUUUCCCUCGUGAUGCCACCAACUAUGAGUUCAACGAAGAGACACAUAAACUUACUGUCUACGUACCCUCGAUUUGUGAAGUAGGUUACAAGGACUCAACUGUUUUGCGCUUUUCAACCACAGUCACUGGAUAUCUGGAGAAAGGGAAACUAGCCGAUGUAGAGGGGAUGAAGACUAAGGUGAUGAUUUGGGUGAAAGUUACAUGUAUCACAACUGAUGGAGGAAAGAUCCAUUUCACAGCUGGGUUAAAGAGAACCCGGAGUAGAGAUGCUUACGAGGUUCUUCGAGAUGGAGUAGGUGUAGAUAAGUUCUGAUAUUGUUGUAGUGUUUGAUAUCCUUGUAAGCUUUAACAUCUUUCUGGGGGAUUCUGGAACCCCUUAGCUUGCUCUCUCUACUGUUGGUUGCUGUGUAACUAUGAAUGUUAUGAUUGAAAAUUGAAGUCCUGUGGAUGAUUUUGAGUUUUACAAUUGAUGGCCUUUUUGUUUU